AUGAGCAAAAUUAAUCCUAAUGUUGACAAUAUCUAAAAUAUGGGCGCACAUAUCAUGCUCGAUUUCCACAAUGUCGAAAAAAUCGAUUUGAGUGAUGCUAAAAAAAUCUAAGGCAUUUUCGAAGCAGCUCUCAAAUUGACUGAUUGCAACGUUUGUGACAAAAGAGUUAAAGUAUUCCCUGACGGAUAAGUAUCUCUUAUUUUCUUAUUGAGUGAAUCUCAUAUGAGUUUCCACUCAUGGCCCUCUGAGAAAUGUGCAACUGUUGAUUUCUACAAUUGUGGUUAAAACAGUCGCUUUAAUUGCAGAACUGUUGAAGAAUAGCUCUGCAAUGCUUUCGGCUGGGAAUGUUGCACAUCCAACAUUAUUAUGAACCGUGGUACUGAAGCUAAGCUUAUUACUAAUGAUUACUCUCAUAAGACAGAUAUUUUCAAAGGCUUAAGAGCAAUCACCAGAGUAAGAUCUAGAUUCUAAGACAUCCGUGUCUACGAUUCUAAGUACUUAGGAAGAGUCCUCGUCAUCGAUGGCUAAGUUUAAAUGUGCAAUGGUUUACCUGAUAACUAUUCUAAUGAUAUGACUGAAACAAUCUUUAACAAGGACACUGAGUACGAUAACGUUUUAAUCAUCGGUGGUGGAGAUCUCAAAAUUGCUCAUAAGCUCUACAACGAAUACCCUAAGAUCAAAAAAAUCACUCUCUGCGAAAUUGAUCCCAUCGUUAUGGAAAUCACUGAAUAGUAUUUCCCUGAAUUGUAGCUUACAGAAGAAAUGAAGUAAAAGAUUGAAAUCAUUAAUGUUGAUGGUAGUGAAUUCCUUAAGUAAAGUGGGGAUUUGAAAUACGAUGGUGUUAUCGUUGAUUGUUCUGAUGUUUGUGGAGAUGAUUCUUUGUCUUGCUCCCUCUUCACAAACGACUUCUACAAGAGACUUUUGGGUGCUUUGAAGCCUGGUGCUUCCUUCUCUUAAAUGUUAACUAUUGAUGAAGUUAAGCCUCAAUUCAUUUCUAUGAUUGAAAACAGUGGCUUUGAAUGCAAUAUUGACUUCGUCAUCACCCAAACUCCUGAAUAUGGAAGUUGCACCCCUAUUGGUGUCGUCACCCUCCCUAAAACUUUAAGAAGCCAAAGAAAUUGA